GUACCCUGCUCGGUCCCUUCGUCCCGCGCUGGUCCAAGGAGUGCCUUUCCUUUGCCAUGUUUGUGUUGUGCCUUUCCGCGUGUUGGCUUAUUUUGAAAAAUUGUCGUGUCCGUUAAAUCCGUUAAAACCGUUAGGCGGCGAAUAACGGAUGUGUUUUGGUUUAUUUCGGUUUUGUUUUUUUCAAUUUUGAAGUUCGUCUUACUGACGUGGAAUCUAGUGAUGAUCUUAUAAGUGAAGAUCUAUUGAAGUGUCGUAGUGUUCCCUGGAUGAGAAAGAGCUAGUCCGAAAAUAGCAGAAAAAUAAGCCAAAGAACAUCGGAAACUCGGCCAAGAUAAUCCUCAGUGAAAGCAAUCUGUUCACACAAUCUCAGGUUGAAGGCGAGUGACAGUGAUGGGCGUGAUGGCAGCGACAGACGCCACCCGAAGUGCUGUAGCAUAGGCCACCCACACCGCCCACUGCUAAUGAGCAAAAUCUCUCUCUCUCGCUCUCUCUCUCCUUUCUCUCGCGUCUCUCCACCGUACACAAAGCCACCGGCCACCGCCCUCUCGCCUCCAUUCCAGCCGAUGACGCUUGACCGGUAACAGAGAGCCUUGCGUGUACAGGAUGCGAUGAGAGGCAGAUCGUCGCUUGUGUCUCCGCGGGUGUCACCUCCGUCAGGAUGCAGACUGCCUACGCCCGUAUGGUCUACGACCGCCACCAGCAGCGGCUGCAUCGGCGGGACGACGUGGAGGUGACUCGUGCGACCACUAUCAAACACUGGCUCAAGGAUGCGUGCAGGAAGCUCAUUGCGUUUAUGUUUACGCAGGUGGGCGUGUGCGGGCUGGUCGUCGCCUACAACAUCGUGGGCGCCUUCGCUUUCCGUGCCAUCGAGGGCGACCAUGGCGACGGAACCCCCGAAGAACUAGCCAGGGACCUUCGGGAGACGCUGGUGGGGCGCCUGUGGAACGUCACCCUCAGGUUAAACGUGCUCGAGGAGGACCAGUGGAGGAAGGAGGUGGUAGGAGCGCUCGAGGAGUACCAGGGCAGUGUGGUACCUCUGGUGAAGACGAAAGGGUACCGGGGUGUUCAUCCGACGGAGGCCUGGUCGUUCUCGGCGAGUUUGAUGUACUCGCUCAGCGUCUACACGACUAUAGGCUACGGCAACAUGACCCCCCGCACAGAAUGGGGCAAAAUCACCACCAUCCUCUACGCAAUCGUCGGCAUGCCCCUUAUGCUCCUGUAUAUGUCCAACGUUGGGGAGAUUCUUGCUAAAGCCUUCAAGUUCCUCUACUUUAGGGCUUGCAGGUAUAACAGACCUAAACGCGUUGUCGACACUGAUUUAGGAGCAUUGGCUUAUUAUAAUUUAGCAAAGAGAGCGGAAGAUAAGGACAAGGAACACAAACUGGACACAGACAUUAAGAGAUAUAUGGCAAGGUGUGAUAUCGGGUCCCUCGGAUACUAUAGGUCAGCGAGCGGUACAAUCAGACCCGUGACAGCUUCCCCGUCGAGAGGCAACGGUGUAAAGACGUCGUCGGGAGAGAAACCUCGGCCGCGGACCAUCCCUAUCACGUGGUGUCUCCUCGUCAUCGCCAUCUACGUGUUCUGCGGCGGCCUCGUGUUCUCGCAGUGGGAGCGGUGGUCGCUGUUGGACGCCUGCUACUUCGCCUACAUUUCCCUCAGUACCAUCGGGUUCGGUGAUCUGAGCUAUAAAGAAGUGGCAUAG